AUGACUACUUCCAACGGCAACUCCCCCACUCGACUUUGGGCCGGCGGUCCUUCCGUCCCUCUCAUCACUGCCAUGAACGACGACGAGAGCAUCAACUAUGAAGCUCUUGCUAAGCAGACCGUUCGACUUGCCAAGGCCGGUAUGGGUAUCGUUCUCCUGGGCACCAACGGUGAAGCUUCUCAUCUCUCUACAGAGGAGCGAAAGAAGUGCACUGUCGUCGUCCGAAAGGCGCUCGACGAUGCUGGGUUCGCUGACGCGCCGCUUUUGGUCGGUACCGGUGCUGGUUCAGCUCAAACCACUAUCCAGGUCACCAAGGAGGCGGCUGAGGCCGGUGCGAGUCACUCUAUCGUCAUCACCCCUGGGUACUUUUCCUUCGCCAUGGGUCGGGAUCGUCAAGCUAUCAAGGACUUUUUCAUCAAGGUCUUUGACGAGUCGCCUAUCCCUGUCAUGAUCUACAAUUUCCCUGGUGCCGCUUCCGGUAUUGAUCUUACCUCUGACGAGAUUAUCGAGCUCUCCAAUCACCCCAAUUGCUUCGGUGUCAAACUCACUUGCGCCAUGAUCGGCAAGGGUCACCGAAUCGCCGCCUACACCCAGUCCGAAGCCUAUCUCGCCAAGCAGUCUGCAUCUCUCAAAGCGUCUACCGUCACCGGACAAUUCCAGGUCCUCCCAGGUUUCUCCGAAUCUACCCUCCCCGCACUCAUCUCUCGCCACACUGGCUGCAUCACUGGUACUGGUAAUGCCAUCCCCAAAACCAUCAGGAAACUGUGGGAGUCGUCUGUGAAGGGUGUCAAGGGCGACGCGAAGGCUCUCGCCGAGGCCCUGGAACUGCAAGAUAGGGUGGCUGAGGCGGAUUGGACCAUUGUCAAAGCUGGUAUUCAGGGGACUAAAUACUUCCUUGACCACUAUGUUGAGAAGGGUCUUGGUGGUCCUGCCCGUCUUCCUUUGGGUACGAUCUCUCCCGAGACUAAGAAGCUUAUCGAAGUCGACCUUAAGGGUGCUUGGGAGUUCGAGCAGUCGUUGUAG